UUUGGAGCUCAUCCAGAGCCCUUGCAUAUAUGAGGAGCUCUUGAGCCAUUUCUUCCUGCUUCAGUGCUCACUUGGUAGAUUUGGUGAUUUUUUCUGGUCAUCCUCAAAGGAAGUCUCUCACUUGGAGAAAUAUAUGUUAGAUAUACGGUGAUCAACUGAAGCAUCAUAUGGAGCUUUACCCAGGAUACCUUGAAGACCACUUCAACAUCCACAAACUUAGCGCGCCAAGGUACAUGACCUCGGCGCCGGCGGCGAUGGGGAUCUACGCUGAGCGGAGGCACCAGCCCCUCGCCGCCGGCGUGUGGGGGGAGCCGUUCAUCAGGCAGGACGCCGCCGGCGGCGGCGGCAGCAGCAGCAACGUCGCCAUGCGCGCCGCCGCAGCCUUGCCGGCGGCGACGGCGAUGGUCGUCGCGCCGGCGCACCCGGUGAUGACCGAGCCCAAGUUCGAGAGCCAGGUGGCUCUGCCUCUGCAGCACGGAGACGAAGACGACGCCGCUCUGCACGACGCGCCGCCGAGGCAGUCGUCGGACAGCUUCGAUCAGGAAGGGUCCAGGCCUCGAGACAAGAUCCAGAGGAGGCUCGCGCAGAACAGAGAAGCAGCUCGCAAGAGCCGGCUACGGAAAAAGGCGUACAUCCAGAAUCUGGAGACGAGCCGGAUGAAGCUGGCGCAGCUGGAGCAGGAGAUCACCCGAGCCAGGCAGAAGGGCGUGUACAUCAGCAGCAACAGCCCACCCAGCCUACCAGCGCCCAUUGAUUCAGGAGUGGCGACGUUUGAGCUGAAGUACGCGCACUGGGUGGAGGAGCAGAACAGCCAGACGAGGGAGCUGAGGGCGGCGCUGCAGGCGGGCGCGUCGGAGCUGCAGCUGAAGAUCCUCGUGGAGGCCGGGCUGGAGCACUACGAGGAGCUGUUCCGGGCGAAGUCGGAGGCGGCGAAGCGCGACGUGUUCUUCGUCAUGUCCGGCGUGUGGAGGACCGCCGCCGAGCGGUUCUUCCUCUGGAUCGCCGGGUUCCGCCCCUCCGAGGUGAUCAAGGUGCUGGCGCCGCAGCUGGAGGCGAUGACGGAGGAGCAGGUGGCCAAGGUGCAGGGGCUGCAGCAGAAGGCGCGCCACCUCGAGGACGCGCUGUCGCAGGGGAUGGACAAGCUGAAGCAGACGCUCGCCGACUCGAUGCUCGCCGAGGCCGUCGCCUCCACCUCGUCCGGCGACGACAACGCCGCCUCGCCGCAUGAUCCCUCCUCCGCCGACGGCGGCGGCGGCGGCUACAUGGCGCAGAUGGGGAGCGCCAUGGGCAGGCUCAACGGCCUCGUCGCCUUCGUCGACCAUGCCGACCAUCUCCGGCUGGGGACGCUGCAGAACAUGCACAGGAUCCUGACGCCGAGGCAGGCGGCGCAGGGGCUCCUCGCGCUCGGCGACUACUGCCAGCGCCUCCGCGCGCUCAGCUCUCUCUGGGCCGCGCGCCCGCGCGAGCCGGCGUAAGCUGCCCCCAGUCUCGCCAUAGAUGUGAUCUCCGUGACCGUGACUGAUCAUUCCCUCCCUGAUCGAUCAGUGGAGAAGGAGGAUGACGAAGAAAGAUUUCUUAGCUCUCCUGGGACGAGGACGAGGGAGCUCCAGCUCAGUACUUCAGUGUGAGUGAGCUCUGCAUUUUGCGAGGAUAGCAAAGAAAUGGACUUGUUCACCAUAGGACAGCAGCAGCAGUAGCUAGAGGAAGAAGAAGAUGAAUUUGAAUUUGAAUUUUUAAAAAAGACGUGUAAAUAUACAGUAAUUAACUUGCUGGGGUAGUUAUUUGUGUCGCUCAACUUGUUAAUAGCUGACAGUUUGCAAUGGAUAAGCCAUGAUCUCAUAGCUCACUGAUCGACUUGUAAUGAACCGGUCCCAUACAAAUAAUUCACUGAAUUUUGGCAUUAACAAACUUUGACAAGAUACUAUACAUU